AUGUCAUCCUCCAGAAUAUUACCGCUUUAUUCCAAGACAGACUUGGAGAAACAUAACGAUAAGAAUGAUUGUUGGGUGUCUUUGUACCAAAGAAAGAUUUAUAACGUGACUGAGUUCCUAGAUGAACACCCAGGUGGUGCUGAGUAUAUUUUGGAUUAUGCUGGAACUGACAUCACUGACGUUAUGAAAGAUGUGUUAACGCAUGAACACAGUGAAUCCGCUUAUGAGAUUAUGGAUGAAUCCUAUUUGGUCGGUUAUUUGGCGACCGAAGAAGAGGAAAAGAAAUUGUUGACAAACAAAGACCAUGUCGUCGAAGUUAACUUGAAGGGGAACAACGAAUUUGACUCUACCGUUUUCGUCAAAGAACUUCCUACUGAGGAUAAGCUAAGUAUUGCUACUGACUAUCAGAAUGAUUAUAAGAAGCACAAAUUUUUGGAUUUAAACAAACCACUAUUAUGGCAAGUGCUUUUCGGUAAAUUUACAAAAGAUUUUUACCUAGAUCAAGUACACAGACCUAGGCACUACGGUAAGGGGUCAGCUCCACUAUUUGGAAACUUUUUAGAGCCCCUUUCCAAGACGCCUUGGUGGAUGGUUCCGGUCGUCUGGUUACCAGUCGUCACAUAUCAUAUUUAUACUGCAUUGAUGAACAUGAACCAGGCCUUUGCUAUCUUCUUAUUUGCCGUCGGUGUAUUCGUGUGGACUUUAAUCGAGUACGGAUUGCACAGAUUUUUGUUCCAUCUGGAUGACCGUCUUCCAGAGAAGCAAUGGGCGUUUACCUUGCAUUUCUUGUUGCAUGGUGUUCAUCAUUAUUUACCAAUGGACAGAUUCAGAUUGGUUAUGCCUCCUACUUUGUUCGUUGUGCUUUGUACACCAUUCUACAAACUAGUGUUUGCACUACUACCAUACUACUGGGCUUGUGCUGGAUUCGCUGGUGGUAUGCUAGGUUAUGUGUGCUACGAUUUGACACAUUACUUCUUGCACCAUUCACAAUUACCACCUUACAUGCGUAAAUUGAAGAAAUACCAUUUGGAGCAUCAUUACAAGAAUUACGAGUUAGGUUUUGGUGUCACCUCUUGGUUCUGGGAUAAAGUGUUCGGUACUUAUCUUGGUGAAAACGCUCCAUUAUCCAACAUGAAGUAUGAUUGA